AUGCGGCACAGUAGUGCGAAGCGGUCUUCUCGUGGCUUCGUGAAGCAUUCACCGCCCAUUCCAUACACAGCUUCCUCGCCUUUUUUUACGGAUGUGGGGAAGCCGAGGGGGUUGCAGGCACGCAAGGCCCUUGGCCUCGUUUCGCGUCUUAAAUCAGCCGUGCUACAGAAGCUUCUUCCCACUUAUCAUGCCCCAAUAAAUUACGGUGACAUUCUCCGAGAAGUGCCGUAUUAUGUUCAAACUCGUGUCGUUGCCUUCUUCUCAAUUCACCCAAGUUAUUGCGAAGAUGUGUUUGGAGUUUCCCAUGGACAGUGCAUCCGCUUUACACGGGGGCCGUGGAUGAAUGAAAUGGCUAUCAUCGUCGGCGUGCGUGGUGGCAAGCUCUGGAUUGUGGGUUGUGAUGGCCCCAUCGUGGCACGCCCUCUCCGCGAGGUACAAAAACAUGGGUGGGAAAAGGUACGACCGGAAGCUACGCUACUGGGGCGGUUCCGCGAAGGACUUGUUGGAGCACGGAAAGAUGUAGAGUUGGAUUACAGUCCAGAGCAACGGGAGUUUCUGCAGAAGGCACCGGACUUGUAUGCAGAAGUCGUGGACGAUGAAGUGGCCGGGGGCGAGGAAAUUGAUCCUGUAGAAGUAGGAUGGGACGGACCGACCGCCGGCAGCCGCGGGGAGAUUGACGGUGUCGCCUCAUGCAUUCCUCCGAAUAACGGUAGAACUGGGAACACGAACAAUGACACGCGAAUUGGUGAGUUUUCGGCGGCUAGGAAGCGCAUUGUUCUUGUUCCAGAGCUCCUGCAGUCCACGAAUGAUCUUGGCUGGGCAGGGGAGGAUCUCGUGACGGUUAACGGUGGUGGGGUGAAGUCCUUUUCUGCCUCCCUCUCCGCAUCCGUCUUGUUGUAA